AUGGAGGACUCUGUUGUUGCGGUGACGAAAGUCCCACAGACGACGGUAGCCGCAGAUGAUCAGGACCAUAAUAUUGAGCUUGUAGCCUCUAGCGCUUUCGAGAAGCCACAGACUGCGGCUGUCACAGACGAGCAGGACCAUGAAAUCCAGCUUGUGGCUUCUAGCGUUUCCGACAAGAACUUUGAACGACAUAUUCGCACCGAUGACUACGACAGCAUCUGCUGGACUGAAUCUAUUCUCGACAAGUCGGAAGAAGAGCUGGUGCGCGAGAAUCUCGCGAGCUCUUGGCAUGAGGCCUACGCGGCCGGUGGCGAUGACGCUGCAAACCAAGGCGAACUGAAUGCAGAGAGGAAACACGCCAUUAAUGACGACGUCAAUGACGACCUCCAUAAAGACCUCAGUGGAGGUCUCGAUAACCACAUGGAAGACGUCGAGGAUGAUAAUACUGCCGCCGACAGGUCAAAAUGCUUUGAGGGCCCCAAUAUAAUAGGGUUGUUUACAAACAACCAAGAGGGGAUAUGCCUCUAA